AAUUACCUAUAAUGAGUCAGAUGAUACAUAUAAUGACUAUACUAAUGCAUAAACUUUCUUAAUUACUGUACUAGAUCACAUGGGUAAUCAAAAUACAAAAAAACCAGCAUUCCUUUGAGUAUUAACGAAACUGCCAUUGAAUUAAUUUAAUAAUUAAUUGUCUAAUAUUUUCCAAAAAAGCAAAACCCCUUUCUCGACACUUCUCUCCUUCGUAAUCUCAAUUUUCCUUUUCUCCACAUUGAACCUCCAUCUCCGACAACCUCAUCUCAGUUGCAGUCGCCUUGCGUUUCGUUACCUCCUCUCUAAGCCGGCGUCGUCCCUGCACACGAUGAACCCUAACUCCAAACCCUAACUCCGAUUUGGCUUCGUCACAUCCGCCUCAAAAUUAAAGAAAAUUGAAUCUGAAUGGCCUCAUCUUCGGGUACCAAGAAGUAUCCUCCGCGGCUUUACGAGAUUGGUAAAACGCCUAUUCAAUCUCGGAGCAUGAACCACAGUUGUUUUCUGUCCAACCUUCAAGUAAUGAAAGAGUCUGUCGGUGAAGACGUUUGGCUUGAGUUAAGAGAAUCAGCUGUAGGCGUGAUUAUCAAGCUGAAGGAGUUGGAGUACACUUGGUCUGCAAAACAUGUUCAUUAUUUUCUGGUGAAUCAAUUGGCGAUUCAGUACAGUCAUGAAGUUUGGUCUUUGAUAGAAGACCAGCCAUUGAGGUUCUCUCUGUAUGAGUUUGAAGAUAUUACAGGGUUAAAUUGUGAUCCCUUUGACACGCAAGAACAAUGGGAUGUGGCUCAUGAAGACUUUUGGGUGGAGAUGAAAGUUCCAAUUUCUGAAGGACCCAAGUUGAAUGAACUUCAAGCCCUUUUUCCGAUCAUCAGAAAUUGUCCUAGAGAGAAGCGUGUAAUGGUUGGCUUGUUGUGUCUAUUAUCCAUUGGCAUAUUUGGCAUUUCAAGCAAUAGUAGAAUACCUCUGCAUUUGGCGAAAAGGGUGAUGGAUCCAGCAGCUUUCCAGCGCCAUCCAUGGGGUCGUGUGGCAUUUACCAGCCUUGUGGAUUCUAUUAAAGUGGUGACAUACAAAGAAAAGAAGAGUUACACACUACAUGGUUGUGUUCAUGCAUUGCUUAUUUGGAUAUACGAGUCUGUGCCAGGUUUAGGAGAGAUAUAUGGGCAUCGGAUAGAGGAAGCUGAGGUUCCGCUUCUGUCAUGGCAUGGUUCUCGUCAGCGUAUCAACUUCCCAAACUUCUGUGCACAAGAAAAGAAAAAAUAUCAGAAGGUAUGAUUAUUUUCUUUGCAAUUAUUUGUCUUAUUUUUUUUACUUAAUUAGUGUUGUACUUUACAAUGCAGAUUCCUGUAAGGCAUAUGAUUGUAAAGGCAAUGGAGGAUAGAUAUCCGAAAUGGGGCGAAGAUAAACCGCCUGAUGAUUUGGAUAACAUGAUAGUUGACAUCCUUAAUGAUCAGCUAAACGACAAGUUUUGGGAUGUAGUGCCACUUACCAAGUGCCAGAAGAGAAAAACUCAAGUCAGUGCACCUAGUGUUCCUGAAAGAGUGGAUACAAGCCCCUCCACAAAACGAAGGAAGGAGAAAGAAACUGCACCAGAAAUGAAAGAAUCUCAUACUGAUAUGCCCAUCAACAACAACAUCAUACAAAAGUUGGUUGAGGCUGUUGACAACUUGUCUGGAAGAGUAGAAACCAUGGAUGUUAGUGUAGCUGAAAGGGUUAUUAAGACAUUGGAAGCUUCUGUACAAGCUCAGGUGGAAGCUAGAAUGGCUUUAUUUGAGACUGAGAUGAAGAACAAGAUGGCCAUAUUAGAGGAAGACAUGAAUGUUCUUAAAGGGAAGGAUGAAGAAAAAGUUACAUCCAAUGCCGGCAACUCCAAAGCACAUGAAGACGACGACGCUUGUUGCAACACGAUGUCCUGGAUGGUUCAGACCAAAAAAGGUUCAGUUGAUGGUUUACCAAUACAACGUGUCGUAAAAAAGGAGAAGAAGAUUAACAAGACGAUGCCAGGGAAAAAAGUGAAGAUAGAGAAACCCUUUUCUAUCCCACAGCUAAAUGACCAAUCCAUUUCUACAGAGGGUUGGGAAAAUCAUCUAAAAUGGCAGAAAAGUGUAAAGUGUAGAGUGGCGUUGGAAGCACUAGCUUCAAGUUUGGAGGAGCCUACACGCAAAAGAAAAACCAAGCUGACAAAGACUCAAGUUUUUUCAUUCGUAGGGAAUUCAACAGUGAAGCGUAUCGUAUCUGGUAAAACUGUCUCCAAGGAAUCUUAUGACCCAUUAGAUAAGGUGGCUCCAGAGAAAUUGAAGAAAGUAUUGGACUUCAUUAAGUCUGAUUUGGAAGAUGCUGAGUCUGGUUAUGGAGAUAGAAGUGCAAGAUUUUAUCUGACCUUGGUGCUACCAAGAGAAGCUUGGCCAACAAAGAAUUAUGGCUGGUUGCAUGACUCUCACAUGGCUGCAGCAAUGCAUAUGUUUCACAGACGCUCCAUGCAAUCCCAGUCUCCAUUUUGUUCUCCUCGAAUUGCAUUCCUUGACCGCUGGUUUGUGAACUCAUGGGUUAAUGACUACAAAAAGUUUGGUGAGACAAAUGAGUUGCCAGAAUAUUUUAGCAUGGCUUUUAAUGGAGAAUACCUAGCUGAAUUUGUCACGGGUAAGAAGUGGCUUACAGAUGUUGACUCUCUCUUCCUCUGCCACCAUGUCAACGGCGACCACUGGGUUGCUCUUCACAUCGAUCUGCAGAAGGAGCUAAUACAUGUGUAUGAUAGCAUUCGAACUUGGGUGCCUGAUAAGAAGAUGCAAGAGGAGUGCAUGCCGUUUACGAAAAUGCUUCCUGCAUUGCUUAACAAGAUGGUCGAUCCUAAGUUGAGAACAAAGCCUCACAAAAAUUUCACCUACCGUAGGUACAAGAAGAUUCCCCAAAAUGACGACCCAGGAGAUUGCGGCUUGUACACUCUGAAAUACAUUGAAUGUUUAGCUCUGGGGUAUAAUUUUGUAGGCUUAAGUGAUCAGAUCAUACCAGCAAUGCGAUUGAAGAUGGCUGCGGAGAUUUAUGAUGAGGUGUCUAUGGAGGAUUAGGAAGUAUAACUUGUACUCUGCUUUUUUUGUUGCUUUUUUCUCGGAUGUAUAACUGUAGGUUUUUGCUUAUUUUUGGAUGAUAUUUUCUUAUUCUCGGAUGUGUAAUUUGGAUGUUUAACGUUGAUGGUUACUUUGUUUAAUUAUGGCUCGUCUCUUUCACAUUUUCAGCUCACUACAAAUUCUGGAAAAAGAUAAACUAAAUGAAUCAUAAUGUAAUGAACAAAGUCCACUAAAUAAACUACGUAAUGUUGCACGAAAUUCAAUGAAAUAUAAUGACCAAAGUCUUCUAAACAAAAUAAUCGUAAUAUUCCACCACACAAAAUGCAAUAUAA